AUGUCUUUUUUGGGCUAUAAAAAGUAUCCGACGCCCGUUCUGCGUCCGCUGCUUCCGUUCAUUGGCGGAGCUGCCAUCGUAGGCUACCUGUUCUUCAAGGCCCAGGAUAAGAUGCUUAAGAGUGACACCUACAAAAACGACCCACGCAACCCCCACGCAGGCCGCCACCUUCCCGAUUCCCCCGCAGCAGAGCGGGGGUCAAAUUAG